AUGUAAAAAUCUUAAUUUAGAUUUGAGAAUAAACCAUCAAAGCAGUUUCCACUAGACAAUAAAGUUUGGAAAUCGCAUGAAAAUCCAACCAACAAUGAAGAACCUUUAAUUACAGAGGAAUCAGAAUUCGGUUUCUAAAACGAAAUCAAACGAAUUUUUAAGUAGAUUUUAAUUUUUAUCUUAGCGAUUCGAGGUGUCAACAAUAUACCAACAGCAUGAUUAUAAAUAACUAUACUGUCCAUUCUAUCUCAUAAGCCACAUUCAAUCAUGUAGAUUAAGAGCUUGUACUAUCCAAAUAAAUUUUAGGGUUAAGAAUAUCUAACUAACCAAUGGGAUUAAUAUAGAUACAAAUCAGUUAUUUAAUGA